AUGGACGUCACGGUUCUCCGAGACCGCGUCCAGUCAACGCUAGAUGCGAACACAAGUACUCGUCAACAAGCCGAGUUGGACCUGAAAUAUGCCGAAACUCAGCCCGGAUUUAUCAAUGCGCUGCUGGACAUUCUGCAGGGCGAGCAGAACAACGCUGUUCAGCUAUCUGCCGGUGUGUACCUGAAGAACCGCAUCAGCCGCGGAUGGGCCCCAAUCGACGAUAGCCCUCAGCGUGCCCCUAUCCCCGAGUCCGAGAAGCCUGGAUUCCGCGAGCGACUCAUCCCCGCACUGGCGUCGACCCCUCCCAAUGUCCGCGCCCAGCUGGUCCCCCUCCUCCAAAAGAUCCUGCAGAACGAUUUCCCCGAACAGUGGCCUGGAUUCCUGGAUCUCACCCUUCAGCUGCUCGGUACCAACGAUGCGAACCACGUCUACGCCGGUCUCCAGUGUCUGUUGGCCAUCUGCCGUGUGUACCGAUUCAAGGCCGGAGAGAAGCGGGAGGAGUUCGACAAGAUUGUGGAACACUCCUUCCCCCAGCUGCUCAGCAUUGGUCAGAAGCUCGUCGAUGAGGAGAGCCUGGAGGCUGCGGAGAUGCUCCGUAUUGUCGUCAAGUCGUAUAAACACGCUAUCUACUUCGAGCUUUCGCCCGCUCUCCAGACUCACCAGGCUACCGUCGACUGGUGUACAUUGUUCCUGCGAAUUAUCGCCAAGACCGCUCCGGCCAACGCCAUGGGCGAGUCCAAGGAGGAACGUGAGAUGAACCACUGGUGGAAGUGCAAGAAGUGGUCCUAUGCCAACUUGAACCGUCUUUUCAUCAGAUACGGAAACCCCACUACAAUCACGAAAUCCUCCACUCCCGAUUAUACCCCGUAUGCGAAGACCUUUAUCAGCACUUUCGCCCCGGAAAUCCUCAAGGGAUAUCUGCAGGAGAUUGACAAAUGGGUCUCCAAGUCGCAAUGGCUCAGCAACCCCUCCCUUUCGUAUACUUUGGUCUUCAUGGAGGAGUGCGUCAAGCCAAAGGCGAUGUGGGACCACCUCAAGCCUCACAUGGAGAACCUGAUCGCGCACUUCGUUUUCCCCAUCCUUUGCCAGUCGGAUGAGGAUAUUGAGCUGUUCGAGGAGGAUCCUUCGGAAUAUCUCCACCGCAAGUUGAACUUCUACGAGGAAGUUUCCGCUCCCGAUGUCGCUGCCACGAACUUCCUGGUCUCUCUCACCAAGAACCGCAAGAAGCAGACCUUCUCGAUUCUCACCUUCGUCAACUCCGUUGUCAGUAAGUACGAGUCCGCUCCUGAGGACCAGAAGCAACCCCGUGAGAAGGAGGGUGCUCUCCGCAUGAUCGGUUCUCUCGCCUCCGUCAUUCUGGGCAAGAAGAGCCCCAUCGCCGACCAGGUCGAGUACUUCUUCGUUCGCCACGUUUUCCCCGAGUUCCGCAGCCCUCACGGCUUCCUCCGUGCCCGUGCUUGCGACACGCUGGAGAAGUUCGAGCAGCUUGACUUCCAGGACCCCAACAACUUGAUGGUGAUUUACCGCAACAUUCUGGAGUCGAUGACCGAUCCCGAGCUGCCCGUCCGAGUUGAGGCUGCCCUUGCCCUUCAGCCGCUGAUCCGCCACGAUGUCAUUCGCACUUCUAUGCAGCAGAAUAUUCCCCAAAUCAUGCAGCAGCUUCUCAAGCUGGCUAACGAGGUCGACGUUGAUGCUCUGGCCAACGUUAUGGAGGACUUCGUUGAGGUCUUCUCUGCUGAGCUCACUCCCUUCGCUGUUGCCUUGAGCGAGCAGCUACGCGACACUUAUAUGCGCAUUGUUGGCGAGCUUUUGGAGCGCAAUGCUACCAAGGGUGGUGACGACGACGGAUAUGGCGACUUCCUCGAUGACAAGAGCAUCACCGCUUUGGGUGUUUUGCAGACCAUUGGAACUCUGAUUCUCACCCUGGAGAGCACCCCCGAUGUGCUUCUGCACCUUGAGACCAUCCUGAUGCCCGUCAUCAGCAUCACUUUGGAGAACAAGCUCUACGACCUUUACAACGAGGUCUUCGAAAUCAUUGACAGCUGCACUUUCGCAUCCAAGUCCAUCUCCCCUACCAUGUGGCAGGCCUUCGAGCUGAUCCACAAGACUUUCAAAGCCGGCGCCGAGCUGUACCUCGAGGACAUGCUGCCUGCUCUUGACAACUACGUCUCUUACGGCUCCGAGAUGCUGGUCCAGAACCCGGCUUACCUCGGUGCCGUUGUCGGCAUGGUCGAGGACAUCUUCCGUGACGAGAAGGUCGGCGGUGUUGACCGCAUCUGCGGCUGCAAGCUCGCUGAGACCCUCAUGCUCAACCUCCGUGGUCACAUUGACCAGUACAUCCCGCUCUUCAUUGAGUUGGCCAUGGCUGUCAUUGAUGCUGGCGAGGCCCGCACCAAGUCUUACCGCAUCCACCUGAUGGAGAUGAUCAUCAACGCCAUCUACUACAACCCUCUUCUCAGCCUCCAGGUCUUGGAAGCCAAGGGCUGGACCAACAAGUUCUUCAGCACCUGGUUCUCUAGUAUUGACAGCUUCCGCCGUGUCCACGACAAGAAGCUGUCCAUUGCCGCCAUCAGCUCGCUUCUAACCAUGAAGGCCGAGACUGUUCCCCACAGUGUCCAGCAGGGAUGGCCCAGAUUGUUGCAGGGUGUGACAAGACUCUUCCAGACCCUGCCCGCUGCUAUCAAGAGUGAGUUUCCGGUUUUCUUUCCUUUCUUUACACCUUUGUAUCCUACUAACAAUUUUAUAGUGCGCGAGGAUGCCACCAAGGAGUCCGACUUCACGCUCGAUGACGAUGUUGAGGAUGAUGACGAGGAGAACGACUGGGAUGGCGAGGUUGAGUGGAACGAGGAAGAGGUUGAGGAGGCCCUUGAAGGCGACGUCGCCGACGAGAGCGCUGCCUACCUCGAGUUCCUGAACAAGGAGGCUCAAAAGUUCGGCUCUUUCGCUGAUGAUGACGAUGAUGAGAUGGACGAGGAGUCCCUCCUCGAGACCCCUCUGGACAAGGUUGAGCCCUACGGCAUGUUCAAGCAUGUCUUCCUGAGCCUGCAGCAAGAACAGCCCCAGCUCUACGACAGCCUAACCAAGGUCCUCGGCCCUGAGGAGCAGCGGAUCAUCGAGUCCGUCUUCCACGAAGCCGAUGCCAAGGCGUUGAUCGCCGCCGCCAACGCCGAGGCUGCUGCUGCAGCGGGCAUUCCGACCAACGGCCAAUAA